UCUGAGCUCUAUCCCUAUUGUAUUUGUCGUUCGCGCACUAGCAACGCGCGCCUUUGGAAGCCGCCACACACCACACAAGCAUUUUCUUCCAAUGCAACGGGCAACCAAAGUGCGUCCUUGGUCGAUCAUGAUCAGCAUUGCUUUUUUUACAACGUCCUUCAAGUUCCAGCCCUCCCUCCAUCCAUCAGCAGCGUCUUCAAGUUGAAAUUCUGAAAGAGGAAACGUGCUAACUGUCAGCAAGUAUCAUUAUAAGCUAUCACACUUUAGAAUAUCAUAGCUACUGGUACCUGAGUACAUAGUAAGAGAGAAGCAGGAGAGAGCUACCGGUAUAUACCCAUAGUCAUAUAGAUCACAACACCAUCAACAAUACAAUGAGCAACAAGGAGCAAGACGAACAAGACCAGCAGAUUGAGAUCUUCAAGGUCAAGAAGCUGAUUAAGAAUCUGCAGGCAGCCCGUGGAAAUGGUACUUCCAUGAUUUCCUUGAUUAUCCCUCCCGGAGAUCAGAUUUCACGAGUCAACAAAAUGUUGAGUGACGAAUACGGUACCGCGUCCAAUAUCAAGUCGAGAGUCAAUCGAUUGUCCGUUCUGUCCGCCAUUACGUCCACACAACAGCGCUUGAAGCUAUACAAUCGAUGUCCCAAAAAUGGACUCGUCAUUUACUGUGGAACCGUCAUUACCGAAGACGGAAAAGAACGAAAAGUCAAUAUCGACUUUGAACCAUUCAAACCCAUCAAUACGUCCCUCUACUUGUGUGACAACAAAUUCCACACGGAGAAUCUAAACGAUCUCUCAUGGACGACGAAGCUUUUGGCUUUAUCGUCAUGGAUGAAACACGGACGUGGUGGACAGUCCGCAUUGCGAUUUGCCCGACUUCGAUUGGAAAAACGACACAAUUACGUACGCAAAGUCGCCGAAUUGGCCACGCAACUCUUUGUACCCGAUGGACAAAAACCAAACGUUCAGGGGAUUGUACUGGCCGGGUCGGCCGAUUUCAAGACGGAACUCAUGCGCUCCGAUUUGUUCGAUCCAAGAUUGUGUAAAAUUGUCGUCAAGAUGAUUGAUGUCUCGUACGGAGGAGAAAAUGGAUUCAAUCAAGCCAUUGAAAUGAGUGCCGACGCACUCGCCAAUGUCAAGUUGAUGAAGGAAAAAAAACUAUUGCAGAAAUACAUGGACGAAAUCUCACAAGAUACCGGAAAGUACUGUUUCAUGGUCGAAGAUACCCUCAAGGCGUUGGAACUCGGGGCUGUAGAAGAUCUCAUUGUCUGGGAUAAUCUCGAUGUCAAUCGAUAUGUCCUGCGAAAUCAAUCGACCAGCGAAGAGACCAUUCUGCAUCUCACCAAAGAACAGGAAUCCCAAGACUCGUACUUUCGGGAUGCUACUUCGGGAACCGAAUUGGAAACGGUCGAAAAGGAACCCUUUGUCGAAUGGCUCGCCAAUAACUACAAGAAUUUUGGAUGUAACUUGGAAUUCGUCACGGAUCGCUCCAGUGAAGGGACACAGUUUGUCAAGGGAUUUGGAGGGAUUGGAGGAAUUCUGCGAUGGAAGGUUGACUUUGUCGAAUUGGGUCACUUUGAAGAAGCUGCUGCGUUGGAUCACGCGGCAGAUGAUGACGAUGAUGACGACAAUGAGAAGAUGAUGAUGACUAUGGAUUCGAUGAUGGUGACUUUGCCUUUUAAUCGAGGCAGUGCGUUCUUCUUUCAUGGUUGCUCUUUAUUGGGCAUACCUUCAGCGCACGUGCGCAAGUCAAGAUUGGACAGGUGGGUGGUGAGAGCAAGCAAGCAAGAGGAACAGCAUGCCAAGGCGGCGGAAAGGAGGAAACGAGCGAUGGAGUACACUUUAGCGGAUUCGAUUCAAUUCAAUUCAAUUUUGGAAGUGGACAUGGCCAAGUGCCACUAUCAUGUUCCGUUUUCGCCACCGCCACCCAUGUCAAAACUGGGAUAUUGA